UAAAGUGUUAUGCAGGUUGUCAGAAGAUGUACCUUUUGUGUUAAAACCUUCAUUUCAAGACAACAUGUACUCUUUAGUGACGAAUCAACGUUUAGAUCGAGAACUCGUGUCGAAUUAUGAUAUAAUAAUAAAAGCCACUGACUGUGGUCAACCCCCACUGUCUGCAUUCAAAACUCUGAUUGUCCAGAUAUCAGAUGUGAACGACAACAGUCCAGAAUUCCCCCAAAACCCGAUUCAGCUGUACAUAGCAGAAAAUAACACUCCGGAUGCGUUCAUAUGCUCCGUAAGCGCCUCUGAUAAAGAUUUAAAUGAAAAUUCUGCGAUAUCAUACAGCAUAGUAAGAGAAGGGAUACAGAAUAAUGUGAUAUCUUUCCUGAAUAUCCACUCUGAUAAUGGACAUAUUUCUGCGCUGAAAAGCUUUGACUUUGAAACCUUGAAAACAUUUAAAUUCCAAGUUGUAGCUACAGACUCUGGAACUCCGUCUCUAAGCAGCAACGUCACAGUGAACGUGUUCAUUCUGGAUCAGAACGACAACGCUCCAGUGAUCUUGUAUCCAGUCAGUAGUAACGGUUCGGCUGAAGGUGUGGAGGAGAUUCCCCGUAAUGUGGACGCAGGAUAUUUGGUGACUAAAGUUAGAGCCUAUGACGCUGAUAUUGGAUAUAAUGGCUGGUUAUUAUUUUCAAUUCAGAAAGUCACUGACCACAGUCUCUUUGCUUUGGACCGCUAUACAGGACAGAUAAGGACACUUCGGUCAUUCACAGAGACAGACGAGGCUGAGCAUAAACUGGUCAUACUGGUAAAAGACAAUGGAAAUGUUUCACUCUCAGCAACAGUUAAUGUGAUUAUCAACGCUGUGGAGCCCAAAGAGGCGUUCGCAGCUACUGAUUUUAAAGGUACAGUAAAAGACGAGGAGGAAAACAGCGUUUACAUUUUAUUUGAUCAUUACUUUGGGAUCAGUUUCAGUGCUUUUUCUCAUCAGUAUCAUCGUGUUGAUUGUAAUGCAGUGCUCCAAAGAUCCAGACCAUUCCCCCAAGUCUUUACAAGAUGUGAAUUACGACGGGACACUGUGCCACAGCAUCCAAUACAGAUCCGGAGACAGGCGGUACAUGUUAGUUGGACCCAGAAUGAGUAUAGGUUCUACUAUAGUCCCGGGCAGUAA